AAUUUAUUAUUAUUUUGUUACUAGCAACUUUGACACAAAAUGUCCGACGCUGAUCUCGAAAAUGACGUCUCUGCGCUUUGCCGAAAGAAAAUAAAGAUUUCGCAAGAUAGUGAGAAUGGUGUAAGCAACGAUCAGUUAAAACUUAAAGACUUUAUACCAGAGAAAACUUUAAAUAACAAUACAAGCAAGAAAAUAGUUUGCAUUCAGGGUAAAUUUAAAGACAAAAGUGGCGUGGCGUUGAUCCUUUUUGAGAAAAAUGCUUUCAAAGACGAAGAUUUAAAUAAGAGCAACGGUGGCUAUUUUACUCAGGAUACAAAAUUGGUGACUUACUUUCAGAACGACAUUUACGGAAACUACGAGUGUUAUCCUCCUUCUUCAUUGAACGGUGUGAAAACCACAAUUAUAUAUCCAGCUACAGAGAAGCAUAUUGCAAAAUAUUCUGCACAGACUGUGCAUUUGAUUGCUGAGACUCCAGAGUUGUAUCAAAAAUUGACAUUACCCUUUAUUCAAAAAGAGCAAUUUCAUUUGCAGUGGGUGUACAACAUAUUAGAAGGCAAGAGUGAGCAGGAAAGAAUCAUUUACGAUAAUAAGUGUGAGAAGGGCGGGUUUGUGCUACUGCCUGAUUUGAAGUGGGAUGGUUUGACCAAAGAGACACUGUAUCUCCUGGCGAUUGUACAACAGAGAGGCAUUAAGUCACUCCGAGACUUGGAUGCGAGUCACCUCCCACUGCUAAAGAAGAUUCGUGACGAGGGAAAGAAAGUUAUCUUUGAGAAGUACGGUUUGCCAGGCAGUCAAUUACGUAUCUACUUUCAUUACCAGCCUUCUUUCUACCAUCUUCACAUACAUUUCACAUACCUGAGGCACGAAGCACCUGGUAUCUAUGCAGAGAAGGCACAUCUCCUCGAAUCGGUCAUUAGCAACCUCGAAAUGAUGGGAGAUUACUACAAAAAAGCUACGUUACCAUUCACUAUUAGAGAAAUGGACAAUAUUUUUAAUGUUUACGAAACGAAUGGACACUUGCAAAGGAUCAAGCCAAAUAUUGAGAAUAUUGAGCUAAUCGAUAAGUAACAUAUUUUUGUGAAACCCAAUAAGGUCCAAAUAUUUACUGUCUGGAUUUUAUUCUGAUAUUAAUUUAAUAAGUGAAAAUGUUGAUCAAAAGUAUUUUUAUGGAGUUGCGAACUAGAUUGCGCAGUUGCAACGUUUAUAUCACAACGGGAGUUGAUUUAAGCAAGAAUUGUAAUUUGAAAGUAAGCAUACAGUCAAGCUGCAUUGUGAUUAACUACUAUGAUGAUACCAAUAAAUUUAAAAGAAGUGAUAGCCUUUCUUCAAUAGAAAGCCUUUCUGAUUGUGAAUCUUAUUCAGAAGAAGAAACUGAUGAUUUUGCAGUAAUACCAAUAAAUGAAUACUGUGAAAUCAUACCAAAUUCACUGUCUUGUCUUAAAAUCAAUAAAAACACUAUUUCAUUUAGAAUUUUGACAGCACCCAAAGAUGGAGGCAACUUCUACAAAGAACUUCUGUCUUCCCCCAACACUCUACAGACCAAAGUUGGAAGUGAGUUGUUGAUUAACGUCAAAUCUGAUGUAGAAUUAAAUAUUGUGUGCAGCAAUUGUUCAAAUGUUAUAUCCAAUGGCAAAGUGAAGUUUAAUCGAAUACUAGAGUUGCCAUCGGAGAAUCUUGAUAUGUCAGAUUGGUUCUGUCAUGGACAUGGGCACAGCCAUGCUGAGAAUCAUGACCAUGAAAACAAUGCUCCAGUCAUUGAACUGAAACCAAAUAAAAAAGACUUUCUUUACCGACUCACGUUUUUCCUAGUAAACAAUUGUUCUUUAUCUGAUAAAACAAACAAGUUCAACUCUAAAAGAAAUUUGUACCACUGCAACAGAUGCCUAGCUUGGUUGGGUCUCAAGCACAAAGACAGCGUGAAAAUAUUCAAUUCUGAAGUAAAAAUUAAUAAUGGGAGUGCAGAAAACACUGUAUUUUCACAUAAACAACCCUCUGGAGAUCUGAUUACCGAUGACUUCAUUUAUACUAUAGAGAAAAUGGCUUUCGAAUUCAAUCUAGGCAUGCAGUACUCCGUUAUAUGUAAAAUUGUUCUGGAAUGUGCGAUUUCAGCGAAUAACAAACAGUACCUGUUGAUUUGGAUUAUGGAUAAGGAGCUUCAGGUUUUGAGGGACGUUGGCGAAUACAUUGAAAAGGAAAAGAUCAAAUUGCAGUCGAGCUUUCUAACAAAAAUUUUGUAUCGAGUUGAGUCUUCUCUGACCGGAGAAGUAGAAGCUUGGCUUUCCGACCCCGGCGUAGUUUCUACGGAUAUAUCGAAGAGUAUGUUCUGCCGCGGCGUCGAUCAUUUGCAGAAAAUGACACAAAAAGUGCCAGAAUGCUUCCGCAAUACAAAUGGUUAUUGUGUAAGUUACUUAAAAGUUUGAGAGGGAAA